CCAAGCCUCAGCAGCUGGAUCAGGGCGGAAUGAGAGCAGUCUGUUCCCGCUGGCCGGCUGCGCGUCCUGUGCGCCUGACAUGAGCGCGGUGUGCGAGAGUUACCACUCCAGGGAAAAGGUGUUCGUGGACAGCUUCACGUGUCCGAAGGCGGGGGGCGAGUCCACAGCGGUGUUCUGCUGCGGCUUCAGUGACUUGAAGUACUGCUGUGAUGACCCGAACAGCUUCUUCCCCUACGAGUAUGGAUACAUGUGGUGGCUGAGCCUCGGAGCUCUUGUGGGUCUCUCCGUUGCAGCUGUGGUCCUGCUUGCUUUCGUCAUCACUCUGUGCGUCCUCUGCUACCUGUUUGUCACCACCAAACCCAGAGGUCUGGACAGCGGACUGCCCCUUCGAGCACCAGACGCCAUCAUCAGUCAACAAGGAGCCGGAGCCAGCCACAGCAGCGCUCCUGCUGGCCCACAAGGCCUCAGGAAACACUUUGUAAGAGGCAAGCUAGACUGUGACAACCAGCAGCCAGACCCCGACCGCCUUUUCCAGCGCUGCUUCAUGGCCACUGUCACAUCCAUCAACGUGGAGAACCCUACAUAGGACGACACGUUUUUCUAAAUUUUGGAUUUGUGUUAAUGUCUUUUUCUUCUCUGCCCCUAUAGUUUAAUCUGAGUUGUUGUUUGUAUUUUAUCAACAAAUACAUUAUCAUUAUUUAAUUCAACAGAACCAAACUGCAAGUGCAAACAUUUUAUUGUGGCCCCCAUCUGUGGGAAAACCUCAAUUGCAAGUCAGAUUUUUGACAGUUAACGUUUAAUAUUUGAGCUUUAGUUUUAUAGCUGUUUAAUUAGUUAACAUUGAAGUAAGUGUUUCUAUUGUAUCUGUCUUGAUAAAAAAAAAAGGAAGCUAUACUGCCCAUAACAAUGAACAAAAAUAAUUGAAAUUCCGGUGGAGUUUGUCAGAACUAAACAGGCGGAUGGAAAGCUUUUCUGGGAUUGCUUUUUAAAACCAGUGUGUUUGCCCUUAUUUGGGUGUGUGAUUUACUUCAUGUCCUUAAUUAUUUGUACUUUUAUUUAGAAAAAAAACAAUGUGAGCAGUGAAGGCUGUUUAUCACCAUCUAUCCUGUAAUUUUACAUAUUCUGCUCUAGAAAUCCAGAUUCAUUUCCCUAAAAGCUGUCAGUAUUCUUCGAGAUCUGAAUAGAUUUUAUAAUCACAGUCCAUUAGCACAUCAUGCUCGUCUUUUCUCUUGCAUCAUUUACACAGGCGUACAUAUUUAGCUCAACAGUACCAACAUUAACACCAUUCUAAUGUCAUGUGUGUAUUUUUAGUUCUAUUUUUAAGGAUUCAGGGAUGAUAGUGUUUCUCUGUAUAGCCCUGGUAUCAAAGGAGGAAAACCUUUACAACCUGAAGAUGUCAAAAUUUGUUUUUUGGUCAUAUUGGGAUACAUUUAUGGGGGAAAUGAGGAUUGAAAGCACAUAUUUUGAUGAUUAAACUGUCUAAUAUCUUUACAGUUCUAGAAAAACCACAACAUGCAAUUUGUUAGGGCACCUUGGGUUUCAAAAAUACACUCAUAAAGGUUAAGCACACAAUAGCUUGGUGGAAUGAAAUGAGUGAAACAAUAUUUGUCUGUUGUGAGGAUUAUUAAUAUCAGAUCAAAUAAGUAAUAGGUGGCACCACCUCCACCUUGGAUACAGGUGAUGAUGUUAUCAGAGUGUUGUCAUGCAGCCAUUCUAUUCUACACUCUGUUGGCACAGCUGUUGUAAUCGUGUGCCAGAUUAUCACCAACUCUAAUCUAACUCUAUGUCAAUUUCUAUACGUUCCUCAGUGGAACGAUACGGUUCUCCCUCUUAACAAUAUUGGCGGGACUGAUCCUCUUUUGCAUCUUCGCAGACUGCAUUCACAGCCGGAAAAUCCAACUUUUUCACGGCAGUCUGAACAGUCCAUUUCUGAUCUUUUCUCCCUCUAAAAAAUCUGUGUAUGUAUUACAUAUAGAACACAAGUAGAACACAGAUACACUAUGAAAAUAAGCAAACAUAUUUCCAUUGCACCUGCAGUCUAAAACUGUUCUGUUUUUAAUCCCACUUUUACAUUAGACAUUCUGAAGAAGCCAGAUGCUGUAAAUCUGGACCUAAGCAAUGUUUAAACUUAUGUCUACACGUACUUGUAUCGAGUUUUCGUAAGUGUUUCUGCUCUAGUCAGUCAAACUUAUAUUUCAAAACUGUAAGUAACUAAAUUAUUUGGUUUUAAUAGAUAUGUAGUUUAAUGAUAUGUGGUAAAGACCCUCCUUUAGGGGUCUUUGUUAAAUGUUAAGCAUUUGUCACUCUCUCAGCUCAAACUGUAAGUGCCAAGCAGACCAUUUUUCUUCUGCUAAUAUUAAAGUGGUUGCUGAAAAGUGAAGGAAAAAAAUGAAGCGUAAAUUCCAUUGCCAAUUCUUUGAAGCAUUAGUAAUCCUGCUGAAAAGUUCUGCUGAAAAAGCCAAUUUACAAACUCCAAUCACGUUGCACAUGGCCAUAAUAGACCAGUUCCCCCGACACAAAGUAUUUAAAGAAUUAAGUUUUAUUUAAGUUUUGGCUGAUUGGUGUAGCAAGCUAACUAUACAUUUCCAUUGUCAUCUGUCCCAGUUCUAAAUGUGGACUUAAUCAGAAUUAGAUGUAUGAGUAUCAUUUGAGUGUCUUCACUGCUCACAGGCAUUUCACCAAGGAUAUUAUAAAAUAGGGUAAGCACAUUUCAACAAACUGAUUUUGUUGAAAUGUGCUUUCAACAAAAUCAGGAGAAAGCACAACUGAGGGCCCAUUUUUUUGGGCCCUCAAAAAUGAACAGACUGAUACUACUGAUAAAUUGAGCAACACAGAAUUGCAGGGAUUUGAUCCUUUUGAACUGGCUGUUUUCACAAAUGUUUACCAGUUCACGUCAUUCAUACAAAUGGGGCUCUUCUUUAUAGAUAGACCAGUGGCAGCUAUCUAAGAUUGAACUCACGCUGAGGGAAAUGUAAGUAUUAAAAGGUUAUUAUGGCUGCUAAAUAUUUAUCUGUGUGGCGUCUUGUUGUAUAAGCUUAUCACUGUUGCUUUUGUUCAGAUAGGAAAAUGUUUUUCACGCCUUUUUAAACCUGAAUGUACAUUCACAUUGUAGUUUUUGGCUGUUGAAUCAAGAAUAGAAAACUACUCACCAAUAUAGAAGAAUAUGAUGGAAUGAAGUUAAGUGCCUCAAUGCGUUCUCUAAAUCUCUUCGCUGUGGAUGCACACGGUUUUCAGUUAUGUACACUCAUGGCUGAAAACCAAGAUUUGGUUCUUUGUUGUUGGCUUUUUGACCAAAGAAUGUCAGGCGUCUAUUUCAGAUCUCAGGAACUUGCGUCAAUACCUAAAAAUAAGCAGAAAAUGUCUCCUGAACUUUGGCGAUUGUCUGUUUUUAGCAGCAUAGAAGAAGAAAUGGCUUUAUGUGACAUAAGUUGUACAGUGAAGGUAAAAAUAUGAGCUGUAACACAUGCUAGCAAAGUGAUUUUGUGUCUUGGGCUAAUAAGCAAACAAGCUAGUACUGCUUUGUGAGCCUCCAACCAUCCUGUUAGCAUUUGGCUCAAAGGAAAACUGCGCCUAUGAACAGAAAUAGUACAAAUCACUUCCAAAUUAGUUUUCGUCUUUUAAACAAACAAAUUAUUAAGUUCUGCUUUACUUAGCUAUUUAUAGCACCAUUUAGUUCCUUCGUGUUACUAUUCUCCUCAUUUCUAUUUUAAUUUCAUACCCAUUAACAGACCAUUUCAGACAGGUAAUGUCCAUUUGGAAUACACAAAUGUGAGAUUUGUGUAUUCCAUAAAAAUACACAAAUCUCACCUACUGUUAUUUUCAUGUUAUUUUCUGAAAACAUUGUAUUAAACACUUUUUCCAUUCAUUUUGGUUCUGACCCACAGUCUCACCCCAUAUAAGAUAUACAGAACUCUAGGCAACCUCACAGAACAACAUUUCCUCCCAGAACACCGAGUGGAAUGUAGAAAGCUAAUUAAAUAAAUAACUUUUUGCCAAACAGCAGAUACAAAGUGUUCCAUCAGUGGGUACAAACUGAUGUAUGAUUGGUAAAACUCAUCUCAUGGUUUACGAAUUGAUUUUAGAUUUGAAAAGACAGGUACAGGAAAACCAAAAACCUCAAUGUGAUUAAGGUGCAGGUGAGGCUGUGCUUCGUUUCUAAACAUAAACACUACAUCGGCUUUUAUCUGAAGAAAUGUGCAUUAUUGAAUGUCACAUACAUAAGAUCUAAUCCAAAGUUAGUACUGUUAUGCAAAGCUGAGAUCCUUCAGUAACUUCAACCUUUCACACAAGCAUGGGCCAUGAAACAUGUCACUGUAAUAUGGAUCUUUUUUUGCCAAAUUAUAAAGUUUAUUUGAUAGGGACAGACACACAUCGACAUAGACAAACUGAAUAAAACAGCAGUC